UUCAGCAUGGCCGACAUUAACAAAACAUCUACAAGUGACCCAGUCGCUGAGAGCUUAGCAGCAUUUCAAGAGACAUUAGAUCAAGUCUUUCUGUUGAUAAUGGGCAACAUGGUUCUGCUGAUGCAGUGCGGCUUCGCCUUCCUAGAAGCAGGCAGCGUCCGAAGUAAGAACACUAGUAACAUCUUGAUCAAGAAUUUGUUGGACUCGUUCAUCUCAGGCAUCGCCUACUGGACCAUCGGUUAUGCUCUGGCGUUCGGGAAGGGGAACAGUUUCAUUGGUUGGCAUCAUUUCGCGACCUCAGAGCUGCCGGACAGCAAGCUGGCCGUGUUCUUCUUUGAGUUUGUGUUCGCUGCCACCUCUGCAUCUAUCGUGUCAGGAGCUGUGGCCGAAAGGUGUGAGUUUGUCGCCUACGUCAUAUACAGUUCUAUUCUUACAGGUUUUAUCUACCCUGUGGUCACUCAUUGGGCGUGGACAGAUGAAGGGUGGCUGAGUCAAGGAAUGAUUUAUGAGAUCAAUGGGGUCAAUGAGACAGAUUUCGCUGGCAGUGGAGUGGUCCAUGUUGUAGGGGGUACAGCCUCGUUCUUCGCUGCUCUUUUUCUCGGACCCAGAAUCGGACGAUUCCACAGGGAGACUGGGACGGCGAUUAAUAUCAGAGGGCAUUCUGUACCACUGGCAGCCUUGGGCGGCUUUAUUUUGAUCUUUGGUUUCCUGGCUUUUAACGGCGGCUCCAACAUGACAGUCUCUAAACCUGGGGACGGUGCGGUCAUCAGUCUGACCGUGGUCAACUCUGUGCUUUCCGGCACAACUGCCGCAUUCACGACGCUGGUCAUUCACAAAUUUGGUAUUAUGGGUCAGCAUUGGAGCCUCCUUAACACUUUGAACGGUGCUUUGGCCGGAAUGGUCGCCAUAUGUGCCGGAUGUGACACCUACAGGCCAUGGGGAGCAAUCAUUGUCGGCGCUGUUGCUGGAGUCUCUUUCAACGUUACAUCAUAUUUGAUGAUUAGAUUAAAAAUUGACGAUCCCGUCGAUGCUGUUGCAGUGCAUUUCGGAGGCGGAACUUGGGGUGUUAUUGCUGCAGCCUUCUUGAAAUACGACACUGGAGUUUUGAUGAGUUGGGAUCGAAGGUCUGGACUGAUUCUCGCUUGGCAGCUGGUUGGAUUUUCCUCUAUUGCACUUUGGACAGGAUUUAUAUGUCUAAUUAUGUUCGGUAGUUUGAAGUUCGCUGGAAUACUUCGAGUUCCCAAAGACAUAGAAGUAAAAGGUCUUGACAUUCCAAGGCAUAACGAGCCUGCUUAUCCACUAGAGACCUAUGGCCAUGGGCAUCUUGAAAAAAUUGUGACCAUUCUGGAAGAUGGUCAGUUGUCUCAUCUCCAUCAAGGAUAUCUGAAUGGCUGCUUUAAGAAAGAUCUGGGACCCUAUGAAAGCCCUGAGGUGAAAGUCAUGGGCACUAACGAAGUCAGGAUGGUGUACUCGCUCGACCAGGCGUUGUCCAUAGAGCCCAAAUCAUGGAGACAGACACAGCCCAAUGAAGAAAUGGGUUCUGGACCAUUGGAGAGAACUGCCCUUUAGGCAAAGAAAUGCUUGUUUUUGGUAAAAUCAAACUUUAAAACAUUCCAGCACAGUUUUAGUCUUCAGGAAUUGACUGUUAACGGAAAAUAACUAUCUAUUCCAUAUAUUGGACUCUCUUAUUGUGAAUGUGAUUCUACGCAUCACUCACACUGCUAAUCGGUCCAUGGAAGACAGUGUUGUAAAAUGGCUGUGUCUAUGCGAUCUUAAAUAUUCUCAAUAGAAAGAUUCUUACUGCGACUUUUAUAAACUCUUACAACAUCAAACAUAAAGAUGUCAUCAAGAGAUGGGUUUUUUUCUCUCGCCUACUGGAUAACUUUUUAAUGUGUAUUUCUUUUUUACAUACAGUCUUCUGUUUACCAUUGGAGUUUCUGUUGUCCAUAGUUGGGCUAUUGUCUUUCAUUACUACGUCAACAUAACUAUUUGCACUUCUGUGUCUUACAAGUUGUGAUCUCAUCAACAAAUUACAUGUGGCCUGGUCAAUACAUCUACUUCGUCCCUUGUAUAUUUCCAUAGCCCUUUACAUAUUGCAGUAUAACCUUUCAACCGCCGGUUAAGGACAGAAACUCAGGUAUGUCCAAACUAUUUUGAAGUUCUUAAGUAAAGUUCCCCUUUCAGACCUAUGCGAGCUAUGGGGCCAGAUGAUGUAAAGGUCAUCAGUUUCUGUGGCCCAGAAAACGAGGAUGUCAUGUGGCCAUCACAACGGCCAACUGCCUUUACUUUUCCCCAACUAAUGUCAGAUACCCAUUAAAGCUGGGUGGACUCAGAGGAGCCCAAGGAUAACGUACUUAAAAAUCUCAGGUUUCACCAGGAUUCGAACCCGGACACCCCCGUUCGAAAGCCAAGCGCAUUACCGCUCAGUCAUCCCGCCUCAGAAGUUCUAAAGAACGUAUUUAAAAUGUUUAUCAGAAACAUAGUCAUACAUGCAGAGGAUACGGAAUUAUAACGGAAACGACAAUAUAUACAUGCAUAAUAUAGCAUUUCAAACAAUAAUACAAUUUAAACUUAACUGUACAAUGUCGUAAUAAUCAUUUAUUGUAUUGCUUGAUUGUAUUAUAUAUUGCAAUUUUACGAACGAAGUUGUGAUUGUUUCUAGAUAUGUCAAAGUACUUUUGUUUUAUUGAAUUUCUUUGAAAUCUGUAUAAAUAUUGAUAUAUAAUUUAAAUCAAAAUGAUAUUUUAAAUAUUUUUUAACUGUUACAAUUAUCUCUGAUGUGUUAUGUUUAGAAAUUUUGCAUCAAUUAACAUGAAAGAUAAUACAAUCAUUGAAUGAGCCUGUUCCUUACGUCACAAAUAAAAUUUAUUCUUGAAAACAUUUUCUAUUUGUAUUAUUUUUGCAAAGUUUAAUCCAAAAAUUUUGUAUUGAUUCUUUUUUAUCGACUCAGCCUAUUGUUUAUACAAUUGUGUUUGUGAUAGCGCAUCAUCUAGACCAGGGGUUCUCAACCUUUUGGUCGCGACCCCCAU